ACGAGAAUGCACACACCACAGCCGGCCCGUGUGUGUGUCGAGAUGGGUCAGAUCACCAGUAGGGGUCUUUGUUGUCAUCCCACGGCGGGAAACCGCCGUCGUCUUCGGGCUGACUCGGACUCAGCGGCAGCCCCUGGAGGGCCGCCGGGCUGUGGGAGGAAAGGAAGGCGCAAAGAGCCCAUCCAUCCAUCCAGCGAGUACAGAUGAGCGUGCCCCUUUCUGUCUCUCUGUUAGCGUACGUGUCAAGUGUUUGGUUCGCACUGAAGGGUACCGGUCGUGUUGUGACGGGUUGGGCGAGGACGGCAGGCUGCUGGCCGGGGCUGCGGUGGGAUGUUGCCGCCCAUCGCGGCCGACCCACGCUCACACUCCCGCCGACAAAACGCUGCGGCACUUCGUAGACCACUGGGGGCGGUAAGGCCUCGGCGAGAGUUACACCACACUGAAUGAAUGGACCAAGACAGACAGAUCGAUGGAUGCACCUCCCUCUUCGUCUGGCUUGACACACCCACCUCGAGAAAAGCCAUUUGUGACGAGAGCGUGAUGGUGUGCUGGAUCAUAGAGGGAUCUAUCUGCUGGGCCAACAGGUUGGCGAGCGUCUGCCGUGCGUGGGGGGACAGCAGCGGCACCACCGUGUUGAUGAAGGCACCCACAUCGUCGUCGGUGCAGACACCCGUUUGGGUAAACAGCCGCCUGGGCCGCUCGAGCAUUGCCGACAUCGACGUAGCGAUGUGCUGCGAGCAGUACUCGUCCAGCUCAAUGCCCGCCUUGCAAAAUGCCGCCAAAGCUUUCACAGGCGGACACACGCAUAUGAGUGCAGAGAGAGAGAUGACAUAGUGCCAUUACUUGCAAAUGGCCUGAAUGGGGUGCCGGCGAGGAUGCCGACCAGCAGCCUACGAUCAUAGUCCGUAACUGACCUGAACGAAGACAUCGACGGCGCUUUCACACACAGUGUCAGGGAGAUCCGAGGAGGGCCCUUUCGGUCUUUGAUUCUCUCCCCUCGGCGACUUACUUUGCGAAUUGCGUAAUCUCCUCCCACUUGGUCUCCAUGAUGCACUGGCGCAGGUAACGACAAGCCAUUGUGCGGAAGGGGUAUGAGCAGAAGAAAACAUUGACCUUGACCUCCUUAAGCGGCACCUCCCCAACUCCCGCCUCUGCAAGCUGCUCGAUCGACAGCGUGUUGCCACACAUGUGGAGCGGCAGGUUACUGCCCAGGAAGGUAACUCCAUAUUCGUGGCCCCCGUGAGCCGCUGGGCCACGAAGCCACCCCGUCGGCUUUGACAGCACCGCCACCUCUUGCCGUCCCUGUCCUUGCUGGUCUCCCUCCUUGUCCACCCCAAUUUUCACCCAAGCAUUAAAGCAGGCACACGCGGAUGGCAGAGAGGCCUCUGUAGCGGUCGCCGAUAGGCAGAGCUGGAACCUGGUCGCCUCGUGCAGCAGCCGCUCGGCCACGAAGGGAGGUUGAUUGGGGUGGUUGGGGUCUGCAGGGGGUGAGAGGCAGACGGUAGCACUGACGGACAUCCCGGGCAGGAUGCUCCGGCUGCAUGUGCAGAGAGUGUCCGUGCACUCGCAGGUGGGUACGACGGGGAUAGCAGGUGAAGUGGCGAAGGGGUAGGCCACCUGCUGCUUCGAAUAGCAUGCCAGAUCCUUGCGGUCGAAAAUGACACCUGCAGGCAACACAAAACAAUGAGCAGACAGCCUGUCUGAGUGUCGUGCUUGCUUCUUUCCCGCACCGACCGAUGGCGUCAGGAAGCUCUUGUGUGUUGGUCGAUACGAUGAGGAAGUUCGCCAACUGCUCUGCCGAGGCCUGCAUAUGGCCGCAGGCGAGAUGUCGGCAGAGGUAGCUGACCAGCACCAUCACUGCAGCACACACGCAGCAGCGAUGAACGACCUGACCUGUCUGUCGCGCACUUCUUAAGUAGGUAUGUGUACCUGCUCUCAUUGCGAUAGGAUCGUCUCCGUCCCAGAAGGGCUGGAUGAGGUCGGGGUUCUGCAGCAGAAGGCUCGACACAGCCGCAGGCCACUGGUCACACGCCCGCUGAAGCGACGAACUUCGCCACCACAGUAUGCCCAAUGGACCGGAUGAGCUCAAUUGCGAACAGCGGAUCAUCUAUCCAGUCGCGACGCACCAUCUGUCCAUGACACCACACACACGACGUGGCAUCUCGUUGGUCCCAUCUCUCUCCUUCCCUUCUCCCUCUAUGACCUUCCUCUCGAGUUUGCGAAGCAUCAUGGCGCUCACGCCGCUGUGGAAGUACUCGAGGGCCUCGAGCACGGAGAGAAAGUUCUCCUUCGUCAGGGCAUUGAACAUAGCACUUUCCUUCUGCAAGACCAAUCGAGCUGUUACGAGGUCCACCUCCUUAAUCACGAUGCGAUGCGACUUGGACUCGCCGAAAUUCGCCUCUUGAAGUAUCUGACGAGGACGGUGAUGCACACAAGACACACAGGCAGCUGCUCGGUUGGUUGCCUGUGUGGGUCCCUCUCUGACUCAUGCCAUACCGGUGUGAAGUGUGCGAAUGUCAUGAGGAGGUCCCGCUUGAUGUGCAGCGUCUGGUCAGCGCCCACAUUCGUGCUGCCUUCAUCCUCCCACUCAUUGACGAACACCAACUCGACAGAGGGGCUCAGGAGAGGACCGGAUGUGGUCAUGAUGGGUGAGGGCUGAGGGAUAGGGCCUGCCUGGUGCUCCGCAUCAGCCCUCUGGCUGCCUGAAUCAUCAAGAGGAAGAAACAAAAGCAUCAAUUGUUCGUUUUUCACUCAUUGGAGGAAUCGCCUAUGAUGACUUACCCUCAGUGGACAUACUAAGAGGACGCCAACGCCCCUUUGUGGCCCUCUG